AUGUCGGAAUGGGAAUUAAAAAGUUUGGGCUCCGGGAAGUUUCCGUUUUUGGUGGAUGGAGCGGAGGUUCUCGACGAAGCGGUUUCCCCGAUAUACGCCGGUUCACCCUCCGAAUCGGCGGUGGCGCCGCGGGCUGCAGUUCACCCUCCGGGUCUGAUGGUGGCGCCGCGGCGCCAGGGAGCGGGACAGCUGCGGCGCUCUUACCCCAAGAGCCGAGGCUCCUGCUUCAGGCAGUUGGAGGCCAUGGACCCACAGUCAGAGGGACAGCUCGUCUCUGCCUCCUCACUGGCGAGCAAGGGGGUGCCUGAGGGUGCGGCGCAGUCCGGCGAGGAGGUGCAGGAGGAGAAGCUGGAGGACAAGGCGGGCGCUGCCCCAGUCGGAGGAUCGAGGAGAAAAGCCAUGCGGUUCCAGAGCCUGGACUCCUCAGCCGACCGAAGCCACAGGCAAGAGGAGGCGCGCGACAGUGGCAGAUCCUUGGAACCCCCAGAUCAGGGCACGGUGAAGGGACGUUCUCGGUCCCAGUCCCGGUCCCCUGCCCGGUCAGUGGCUGAAGAGCCAGUUGCCUCCUACGAUCGUUUGGUCAGCACCUUACAACAGGAGAACGGUGAGCUGCGGGCCCUACAGAUGGAGCUGUCCCGCGAGAAAUCCAACCUGUCCCGAUCGAUGCAGGUGAUGGAGUUGCAGCUGCAGAGCACCAGUGAAGAGAACGUCAAACUGAAAAGCCAGUUGGAGGCCCUGCAGAAGACCAGGGCGGAGCCCAGCCAGACGGAGACCGGGUACCUGGAGGAGUCGGUGGCAGGCAGAGUAUUGAUAGCAGAGCAGGAGGCCCAGUGCGCCAAGGCACAGCUCGCUCUGCUGAGGGAGCGCUACGACCGGAUCGAGAGGGACAAUCGAAUGAUGGCCGACGAGAUCCACCGCUUCCGUGAGCAGAUCGGCCGGCUGCAGCAGAGCCCAAUGCAGCGCUCGACCUCCCGGUCCCGAUAUGUCACUGUAGGUCUCAGCUUCCUGCUGGGUCUCGCGUAUUUCUGGUUCUACUUGGAUGGCACGCUGUGACAUCCCAAACCAGGUGUCACUCAAUCGAGGCGAGAGGACUGUCUGACCUUGCCUGCGACUCAGGUCGGCGUCCCUGUCACCACUGGGCUCCUUUCACCGCUCGCCACUCCCUCAGCAUCCUGGGUCCUCGCUGCCGGAGCCUGGCACCAGCCCCACUCACCUACAGCCACCAAGCUCCUCGGUCUGGUUUGGGGGCUGGGGCUGGGUCCUGGGUCCGUCCCCCUCCCACUGUGCCUGGGGUGGGGUGUGCGGGGGACCACACUGUCAAGAAGGGAGUGUGUCUGGUCCCCAGUGCAUAGCAGGAGGCACAGUGGCUCCCAGCGCCAAGGCACAGACCAGUAUUGCCUGCGUUUUGGCUCGGGCGGAAAUGAGGCCUCUUCACAGCGUUUGUCCGCGCCUCCAUCGUUCCCGAUCUGGGGGUAGGUGCGGGAUUGGGAAUUGAUCCGUGGGCUCGAAAUGUCCUCCUCCCAAACCCUUUCCCACCUCCCACCCUCCCUCUACCACUCCAAUGUGGUUCCUCCUCUCCCGGGACGGGAAUAAAGGGAUU